AGACAAAGACAACAUUUUGAAGGUUUGCUAAAGGACAAUUUGCAAACUUAUUUAUUAAGUUACUCACUUACAUAUUAUUUAUAACAUCUUAUUCCGGUCUUAAUAUUCGUCGCAAUUCGUCACUUACAUUUAUAAAGAAUUUAAUACACCUAGGACCAGGUACUUGAUUCAUAUCCAGGAGCUUACUGGGAGAACGAAACUUGAAAUACAUAAUACAAAAGCGCCAUGUCGUUAUCCAGGGUCCCCGGACCUGACAAUCUUUACGUUGGAGGAGCUUGGGUCCUGAACACUGAAUCGGGCCGUAACAAACUUCGGGAACAGAAUAUUACUCAUAUUCUCUCCGUCAUUAAAUUCACCCUGGAAAAAUGGGGUGAUGAAGUAAAGCGCUUUAAACAUUUGAGCAUUGAUGUUCUCGACGAUACGGAUGAGGAUCUACUGGCGUUUUUCCCGUCUGCGGUACGCUUUAUCGAUAGUGGUUUAAAUCCCCCGUCGUCCAGCGGCGCAGACACAGAGGCGAAGCAGUCUAAGACUGGAGAUGAUGAUGAUGACAAAUCCCCCAGCGGCGUUUACGUACACUGUGCCAUGGGUAUAUCACGUUCCGUCAGCUGUGUGAUUGCUUAUAUUCUUUACAAAUAUCCUCACCGCUUCGGAGGCAAACAAUCCAUCCCUUCAAGUACCUCGGUGGCCCAGCGGCGGCAGAACUCGAAGGAAGCUGUCCAAAGCGCGUUGAAAUUGGUCCGUGAGACUCGCGAGGGUGCUGAGCCUAACUAUGCCUUCAUUAGCCAGCUCGAAUUAUGGUGGGAGAUGGGGUGUCCCGCUGACGAUGACAAAUCGGUGGAGCGACAUCCUAUCUAUCAGAAGUGGUUAUAUGAGAGAAUGCUGAGUGAAUCCCGGAACGUACACGAGGCGCCUAAGGCUGAAGACAUCCGAUUCGAAGAUGAACUAGAGCCAGGCAAGGCAAUUCCUGAAGCCGAGGCAGAUCAAAAAGAGGGCAAGGAAAUCCGUUGUAAAAAGUGUAGACGCAUCCUUGCGACGGCGAAGUUUGUCGUGCCACAUGCUCCUACCGGCCGAACCGAAUCCUCAAAUUGUGCUCACGUCUUCAUCGAGACACUUUCGUGGAUGAGGCCGAUGCUAGAGGAUGGUGCUCUCGAAGGCCGCUUGUCUUGCCCAAACGACAAAUGCGGCGCUACAGUUGGUCGGUUCGCAUGGCAAGGUCUCAAAUGUAGCUGUAGCGAGUGGGUAGUUCCGGCAUUUUCGCUAAAUCGGAGCCGGGUAGACGAGGCGGCUCUUCGGCGUACAGACGUCCCUGGAAUCCGGCUCCCACCUGGCCGGAGCGGUAAUUUGUGAAUCAAGCCUGAAAGUCCGAUCUAGCUGAGGUCUUAAGCCUUACUUUAUCAAUUAGUCAUCGUUCUUGCAUUUAGAGGCAUUAUAUCCCUACAAACAUCAAGGCGAAAUACGCCGUUGAGCACGAGCCAACAGCUGCUGACGCUUAAUAGCACACUCCCCUCCAGUUCCCUUCACAAGUAUCUUACCUAACCCGCCGCUAAGGACUCAAGGAUCAAGUCAGAACAACAGGGGUCAAGCUACUUUGUCAAACAUAUCUUUUUCCGUU